AUGAACAAUUCAACGCCAAAUCCAAUAGUCAACUAUGAAACUUUCAUGGGUGUAACUUGGGGAUGUACUGCAAUUUCGUUACUUUUUGUAACGUUCAGAAUCUUUGUUAGAAUUCGAACCUUCGGACGUCUUUCACCCGAUGAUUUCUGUGUCAUUAUGGCCUGGCUACUCCUUCUUUGCUGUGCAAUUAUUUGUCAGAAGAUUAGUCGAGACAUGUAUGAGAUGCUUGGGGUUUUGAACGGAGUCCUUCUCCCUCCACCGGAAGGAUUUGAAAAGCAUGCCGAGAGAUUCCUUCGAGGCUCUGCGGUCGUAUAUGUUCUAUACUACUGUACAUUACGGCUUAUCAAGAUAUCUUUCCUACUAUUUUUUGGGCGACUUUUGGAGAACGUGGACUCCUAUGUCUGGCCACGAAGUAUUGUAGCCGUAGUUGUGUUUGCAUCUUGGAUGAUAUGCAUUGGGACAAUUCCCUAUUCAUGUUUGGUUCCAAGUUUUGAAAGAAUUUCAGCCACUUGUCUAUCUCGAUUUGCAAUCAGAAUCCAACGCUUUACAUUGGGUUUUGGAUGCGGACUGGACGUCUUGACAGACGCAAUGAUUUUGGCUAUUCAUAUCAGUAUGCUGUGGACUGUACGCUUGAGCCGAAAGCGAAAGCUAGCAUUGGCUGGUAUUUUCUCACUCGUCAUCAUAACAAUAAUCUUUUCCAUCGUUCGCCAGUCUGUUAGUCUCGUAGAGCAGACUGUUGCUAUCAUAAUUGCAUGUCUUGCUUCGUUUCGAUCUUUAUUCGCCCGCAACGACCACGUGCAACCGACUCCUCCAAAUCCGUCUGAAAGGUACUCGGUUGAGGGGAAUAAGAAGAACGAAAAGCGAUAUUUUCAUAUCGACUUCAGCCUCAUAUCUGGCUUAACAGCUCCAUCUACAGAUGCAGACAUAAUGAAGACAACCUCUAGUGCUAAUGAAUUAGAAGAUAUAGUGCUUCACCAUCAAAAUAUUCAUGUACGACAAGACGUGGAGCAAUCUUCCGAGUCGCAGGUCUAA